AUGAACAAGGCCUUUCAUCUCAAACGCAGAGUUGUUUCUCCCCAUCCCCAACCCGAGCUUCAGCUGGCGACUACACUCACGGAUUCACCCCCUCAUCUACCGCAGGAAAUCCUGGACCUUAUUGUCGACGAGCUGGGCUUGGAAGCCAAGAGACACGAGCCUGUCUCCCGCUCUACGCUAACAUCCUGUUCCCUUGUUUCCAAAUCGAUGAGCAUACGUGCGCGUGGGCACCUCUUUUCAACCAUCUCUCUCUGGUGGAGGCCGUACACUUCCACCCCUGAAACCCGUCGCACCCGUAUCCGUGCCCUCAAACGCAUUAUGGAGGCUGACCCCCUAUUCGUUUCCUUCGUCCAUACUUUUGAGCUUGCUCUUCGCGAUGCUCUGUGGGGUACGGACGACACCGAAGGACUUCCGGGCGUGCUUACGAUGCUCUACAGCUCACCGCGGUCGGGUCUGCGUGUCCUACGCAUAAUAACGCCAUACGCCCCGUUAAUGCCACACCGUGGAUGGUCGGACAUCGAAGGAGCAGGGAGGAAGGCGCUCGUCAAUCUGUUCCUCUCAGGGUGCUUAACUGAGCUCGUCGUACAUGGGCCUAUGAAGGACGCGGCUCUCUUUCUCGCCAAGAUCCCGAAAGGCUUGUUGAGUAUGGAGCUGUGUAAAGUGUCGUAUCCGCCUACAACGCCUGAGCCGGUGGUGGGAUUGGAUGUCGGAGAUGGAGAAGGUGCGAGGCUGGAGAAGCUGGUGGUGGACGAAGCGUCCGCUUAUACUUUGUUCGUCGGGUCUGCGCCGAGAACGCGGAUCCUCUCUAUGAUGCAAGGGCUGAAGACGCUUGAAUUGGAGGGGGCGAGCAUGUCAAAGGACGCGAGGGACUUCAUCGUUGUGCUAGAGCAGUGUAAAAGAUCUUUGGAGAGGCUUGUCUGGUCAAUCGAACCCUUCCGAGAUCAAAUUAACGCCCUAAUCUCCCGCAUUUCCCUAUCAUCCUUCACCGCCCUCCGAUUCCUCACGUUUAAAAUAUGGACCAAGGCUGGACUCGUUCCGGAUACCAACACGCGUCGUAUCUUCUCGGUCAUCCAAGAGAGCGCUAUGCUUUCUCUCGAGCACAUAACGUUCGCCAUUCGAGUUGGCUCUACCAGAUUCAGACAGGGUAUCAUAGACGAUCUGACCGACCCUGUCACGGGCUGGGGCUGGGAGAUGCUAGACGUAGCCCUGGCGAGUGCGGUGCAGUAUCCUUGGUUGGCGCUGGUGGAAAUCGGACUCGGCAAGGUCGAGCUCGGCCCUAUCGUUGACCGUCAAGUCCGGCACCACGAAAGGCCUCUUAUACCCCAUCGCGACGACGUGCCGGGCCUCAAGAGGAAGAACGGAAACGCUACACCUGCGCCUAAGUCUGAGUCUGGAUUUACGUCCGCCGUCCUACGUGCUCCUCAAUCUCACUCCAUUGCUCUAGGCUACUCUCUAGUCGCCCGCCCCGCUCCUGGUCCGAAGCUCUGA